ACCUCGCAACUCAAAAUGGCCGGUCACAACGCUUGUCCCUCCUGCGGUGCUUCCAUCUCGGGCGAGAAUAAGACUUGCUCUUCUUGUGGAAAGGUACCUUAUCUCUUGCAAUCUGCAUGGCUGAGCGUAUGGUGUAUGGCUGACGGCGAUAGACAUGCCCCGUUUGAAUUCCUGAGCGAACUGACUAGGGUUGUGGACUGUGGAGUUUGUUUUUAGACGGGAG